CACCGCCACAGCCGCCACCAGCUCCUGCUGCCGCGGCCACCCUCGUGCGCUGUUCACCGGGAGACUCGAGAGGCGCAGGCGGCGGAUCCGGGAGAGCAGCGAGGAGAGGCAGCCGGCCCUUCCGAGGAGUUAUGGAUGUUGGCGCAUUCACUUCUGCCCAGAUCCGCGCCCAGAGGGAGCUAACCAGCAGCCGCCACCUCCAGCUGUCUCCUCGCCUUGCACCAGGUCUUACCCUUCCAGUAUGUUCCUUCUGAUGAGACAAUUUCCAGCGCCGAGAGUAUCAGUACAAUGUGGAAAUGGAUACUGACACAUUGUGCCUCAGCCUUUCCCCACCUGCCCGGCUGCUGCUGCUGCUUCUUGUUGCUGUUCUUGGUGUCUUCCGUCCCUGCCACCUGCCAAGCCCUUGGUCAGGGCAUGGUGUCACCAGAGGCCACCAAUUCUUCCUCCUCCUUCUCCUCUCCUUCCAGUGCGGGGAGGCAUGUGCGGAGCUACAAUCACCUCCAAGGAGAUGUCCGCUGGAGAAAGCUGUUCUCUUUCACCAAGUACUUUCUCAAGAUUGAGAAGAACGGGAAGGUCAGCGGUACCAAGAAGGAGAACUGCCCGUACAGUAUCCUGGAGAUAACAUCAGUGGAAAUUGGAGUUGUUGCUGUCAAAGCCAUUAACAGCAACUAUUACUUAGCCAUGAACAAGAAGGGGAAACUCUACGGCUCAAAAGAAUUUAACAAUGACUGUAAGCUGAAGGAGAGGAUAGAGGAAAACGGAUACAAUACCUACGCAUCCUUUAACUGGCAGCACAAUGGGAGGCAAAUGUAUGUGGCAUUGAAUGGAAAAGGAGCUCCAAGGAGAGGACAGAAAACACGAAGGAAAAACACCUCAGCUCACUUUCUUCCAAUGGUGGUACACUCAUAGAGGAAGGCAAUGUUUGUGGAUUCGGUAGAACCAAAGGCCCUUUUGCCAGGAACAGUUGGUAUUCUUCAGGAAGACAGUAGCUCAAAGAGAUACAUUGCAGAUGUCUGCUUGCCUAAAAGAGAGGAAUCCUUUGAAGGUUUUUGUACUUACUGCUGACAUAUGAUGUUCUUUUAAUUAGUUCUGUGUCAUGCCUUAUAAUCAAGAUAUAGGCAGAUCAAAUGGGAUGGAAGUUAUUCCCAAGUGAACAACAUUAUGGCUGGACUUUUUUAAGUUUUUCCUUUUGUUUUUGAACCUCUGAGAUAGAACUUAAAGGACAUGGAACAAUCUGUUGAAUGAUCUUUGGGAAAGUUAUUUAUGGAAUACGAACUCAUGUCAAAGACUUUCUUUGCUCAUUCAAGCCUAAUGAUUCAAUGAGCAGCAAGACACGCAAGCAUUUACUGGAAAGCACUUGGGUCAUAUCCUAUGCACAACCACAGGAGCUUUGGGUGUGGCAUCAUGGAAAAAUUGGAUAGAAUUAAAAAAUAUACACAUGUUAGUGUGAAACUGUUCUAACAAUACAAAUAGUAUGGUAUGCUUGUGCAUUCUGCCUUCAUCCCUUUCUAUUUCUUUCUAAGUUAUUUAUUUAAUAGGAUGUUAAAUAUCUUUUGGGGUUUUAAAGAGUAUCCUCAGCAGCUGCCCUUUGAUUUACCUUUUCUUUUUCUUUGGCAUACCACAUGCAUGUUCAUGACAAAGUGUUUUUAAAACUUGGCAAACACUUCAAAAAAAGAGGCAAGUUAGGGAAGCAGAAUGAGUGCCCAGUGUGCUAUCGGUUGACUUAAUUUGCACUUCUGCAAUCAGAACCAUCAACAAUAAAUAUGGCAGUGCUGUGCCAUGGCUUGAAUGAGAGAUGUCUGCCAUCAUUUAAAAACAUUUAUUACUCCUGAGGCUUCCUUUCCUAAGAAAUAGACCAAAAGGCCAAAUUCUUCUCUAUUAAUAAAUCAGUUUGUCUCCGAGAAUAUACUAAAAGAAGGAAAAUUGUUAAAUGCAUCUUCGUAUCCUAGCCUCAUUAUUUACUAACAUUCUCUUGCCAUACAUCACAGUGGUAAAUGAUAAAGAGGCUGCCUGCAUAUAUACAAACCCUCUGUAAAUCCCACAUAAUGCAUAAUCUCCUCCACGUAAUCUCCCCCAAAGGAACUAUCAAGGAAUUUGGUAUGAAGUGCGACUCUCCCAGGGGCUUAAACUGAGCAAAUAUAUCCUGGUAUAUGUGUAGCCACAUACUGAAGCCUGUUCAAGCUGUAUGAUCUAGUCUUUACAAAACCAAAUAAAAUGUAUUUUCUGUAAAUUUCAAGAGCUUUAGAAGGUUCCAUAAUGUAACCAUAUUGAAAUUCAUUUUGUUAGAGCAGGUAUAGAAAACAGUACAUAAGAGUUCACCAGUCGUCAUCACAUUGUAUUCCACUAAAUAAAUACGUAAGCCUUAUUUGCAGUGUCUGUAGUGAUUUUAAAAAUGUAGAAAAAUAUUAUUUGUUCUAAAUACUUUAAGUGAUUACUAUAAGAUUAUAUUGAUGCUGCAGUUUUAUCUUCAUAUUUCUUGUUUUGAAAAAGUCUGUUUAUUUUCAUUGUCUGGACACAGUAUUGUGGUACAAGGAAAAGACUCACUAAAUGUGUCUUUUUACUAAAAUUUAACUUCUAGAAAGGCUGGUGUUUUGUGAUCCUCUUAUAACUUAUUUGUGUCAAUCCUUAACCAGCACUUCCAGUUAACCUGUUAUUUAAAAAUUAGCUUUAUUAAGAAAUUUUCCCAAAAAGUAAUAUACAAAAGGUCAUAUUUUUCUCAUUCUUUAAAAAAGUUGGUAUUUCAAAAGAAAUGCAUUUGAGGCACAGUGAUUGGGCUUAUGGCUAAAGUUGCUUUUCAUGGUACUUUGAUUCCAACUUGCUUUUUGACAAGUGGGAUUCUGAAAAUAUUUAAUUUUUGUGGUUGGUAUCUGUAUGUUAGAAUUUAAUUGGUUACUGAGUCUGAGAGCUAUAAUGGAAGGCAUUCCUAUCAGAACUAGAUACAUUUUUUCUUUUAUUUUAAAAUAAUAAUUGCACCUGACACAUGAACAUGGACCACCCACAACUAAAAUUAAAUGUUUGGUGAGACAAACACAGUAUUAGAUGACCACAGUAACAGCAAGUAAGGCGCAAACUGGAUUCCUAUUUCACACAGCCAUUUAGAUUACCAAAGAGACCAUGUGUAAACAGUCAUCAUUAUAGUACUCAAGACACUAAAACAGCUUCUAGCAAAAUGUAUCAAAGCUUGCAGAGGCCAAAAAUAGAAACACACCCCCCCCUCCCCACCAUAAAGACAGAAACAGUCUGGUAAGGAGUAAUGAGAUUCUCUUGCAUUUAAAAAUGGCAUAUUUGCUCAAUCUUGAGAUAGAAUUCUGAACCCUUUUGCAACUACUGAAGGAAAAGCAGUUCUAGCCUGAAUGUUGUAGAUUUAAAAACAUAUCUAGAUUUUGGGAGCUCUGCCUCUGUGGGAAGUGUGGCCCUGGCCCAUGAAGUUAAGGUGUAUCAGCCACCAGUAUGUGUCCGUAUGAGUAUUGGUUCUGAGGUGACUCCUCUUAAAGAUAUAGAAUCACUCCCUCCUCCUACCUCCCAAAAGGCUGAACAGUGUAUAGUAUGUUACAUUUAAAUAAAAACAAUAAAAAUUCUGGGAAAAGAAAAUAAAAA